GUGCCCAACGUGAAUGACAUUGUUUUCGAUGUGCCUCUGGAUGUGAAUGUUGUGGAAGAGGAUGCAGUGGACGCUGCUGAAAUUGAUAAUAACAGGCUUCGAAAUCGUCGUAACGCACCAACGGGUGAUAGUGGAUUCCAGUCGCUGAGAAUUCAUCUUCAUUAUGAUAAGAAGAGCAUUGAUAAGUGUGUUUUAUCAAAAAUUAAUGUUUUUAUCAAAUUCAAGUUUUAG